AUGGUCAAAUUCUUCCUAAAAGCAAAAGCUGAGCUCGUUAAUGUCACCGACUUAGAACCAGUCGACUCUCCCCAAAAUCCCUACGAGUAUACCUUUACCAUCGAAUGCACCAAGUGCAGAGAGGUCCAUGACAAACCCGUGACCAUCAACACUUUUGAACAGCAUGAAAUCACAGGAUCUCGUGGAGAGGCUAGUUUUGUUUUCCGUUGCAAAAACUGUAAGAGCGAACACCUGGCACAAGUGGAGCGUACCAAACAGAAAUUGACCAUUGACGAUAAUGGGAAAUGGGUGAAACUUCUUGAAAUUGACGCUCGUGGGUUGGAUUUUGUCAAGUUCGAGGCGUUGGGUCAGUGGCAAUGUCACGGUUCCAACUCUGUCACUCAAUUUCCCGAGGUUGAUCUCGAGGAUGGCGAGUGGUACGAUUAUGAUGAUAAUACUGGUGAAGAGGUGAGUGUGACCGAGGUUUCUUUUGAUAUUGCACGGUCAUAG